AUGAAUUUUAUGCAAGAACUGUAUAACUUGACACUAUUUGAAAUUAGCAUUGUUAUCGUUGGAACCACAACAACUCCAGUCACUGGAACCACAACCACUCCAGUAGUUGGAACCACAACCACUCCUGUCUUUGGAACAACAACCACCCCACUCGUCCAGUGUUGGAACCACAACCACUCCAUAUCGUUGGAACCAACAACAACCAUUCCAGUCGUUGGAACCACGACGACUCCAGUCAUUGGAACGACAACCACUCCAGUACUUGGAACCACAACGACUCCAGUCCUUGGAACCACGACCACUCCUAUCUUUGGAACCACAACCACUCCAGUCGUGGGAACCACAACAACUCCAGUCAUUGGAACCACGACCACUCCAGUCAUUGGAACCACAACAACUCCUGUGGUUGGAACCACAACCACUCCAGUAGUUGGAACCACAACCACUGCAGUCGUUGGAACCACAGCCACUCCAGUCAUUGGAACCACAUCCACUCCAGUCGUUGGAACCACAACAAUUCCAGCCAUUGGAACCACAACCACUCCAGUAGUUGGAACCACAACCACCCCUAUCUUUGGAACCACGACCACUCCGGUCGCUGGAACCACGACAACUCUAGUCAUUGGAACCACGACUACUCCAGUGAUUGGAACCACGACCACUCCAGUCGUUGGAACCACAACCACUCCAGUAGUUGGAACCACAACCGCUCCUGUCUUUGAAACCACAACCACUCCUGUCUUUGGAACCACAACCACUCCAGUCUUUGUAACCACAACCACUCCUAUCUCUGCAAUAACAACCACCACAGUCGUUGGAACCACAACCACUCCAGUCGUUGGAACCGUAACCACUCCUGUCUUUGGAACCACGACCACUCCAGUCGUCGGAACCACAACAACUCCAAUCGCUGGAACCACGACCACUCCAGUAAUUGGAACCACAACAACUCAUGUGGUUGGAACCACAACAACUCCAGUCAUAGGAACCACGACGACUCCAGUCAUUGGAACCACGACGAUUCCAGUGAUUGCAACGACAACCACUCCAGUAGUUGGAACCACAACCACUCCAGUCGUUGGAACCACAACCACUCCUAUCUUUGGAACCACGACCACUCCAGUCGGUGGAACCACAACAACUCCAGUCAUUGGAACCACGACCACUCCAGUGAUUGGAACCACAACCACUCCAGUAGUUGAAACGACAACCACUCCAGUCUUUGGAACCACAACAACUCCUGCAAUUGGAACCACGACCACUCCAGUCAUUGGAACCACAACAACUCCUGUGGUUGGAACCACAACCACACAAGUAGCUGGAACCACAACCACUCCAGUAUUUGGAACAACAACUGCUGUCUUUGGAACCACAACCACUGCAGUCGUUGGAACCACAACCACUCCAGAAUGUGGAACAAGACUUUUGCCGUUGGUCCGCGUUGCAAUGGUUUAUCUUGACUUCCUCAACCAUAACAAUGUCCCAGUGCUCGAUUGGCCACCCUACACUCCAGAUUUGGAACCGAUCGAGCAUUUGUGGGACGAGCUGGACAGGAGGGCCAGGAAGCGCGUCAGCGUCCUAAACAACAUCGCUCAGCUCACGCGGGCGCUUCUUCAUGAGUGGAAUAACAUCCCACAAAGGACCAUUAACAACUAG